AUGGCGUUAUCCACCUCCCUAGCUACUGUGUUACUCACAUCGGCCGCACUCUGGAGCCUUGCGAGCGCAGACACCUGCAAUCCCUUGAGUAGUCCAUGUCCCGCCAUCCCUGGCUUAGCUAGCAGCACCUAUUCUGUCUCUUUCGCGCAGCAGACCACAACCCCCACUGAUUGGAUCCUCGCCGACUUUGCAACGGUCAACUACGGUGCCCCCAACGGCGCCAAUUUCACGAUUGCCAAACGUUACGAUGCACCCUACAUUUGGUCUCGUUUCUAUGUCCUAUUUGGGCGCAUCGAAGUAGUCCUGAAAGCAGCCCCCGGAGCCGGCAUCAUCACAGGUGCAGUCAUGAUGUCGGAUGACUUGGAUGAGAUAGACUGGGAAUGGUCGGGUAACAAUUUCGCAGGAGCUAGUGGGAAGGUUCAGACCAAUUUCUUCGGAAAGGGUAUCACCGGUUAUUAUGACAGAGGCUCGACACCGGCAGUUACUGCUCCGCAGGACCAAUUCCACACCUACGCUUUGGAUUGGAGUCCUGCUGCGCUAACUUGGUCGAUUGACGGACAAAACGUUCGGACGCUGAAAAACUCUCUUGCGACCUCUGGUGAGUACCAGUACCCCCAGACACCAUCUCGACUACAUCUGGGUGUGUGGUGUGCCGGCGAUCCGGACAACAAUGGCGCAACUGUUGCCUGGGGAGGAGGGUACACUAAUUUCAGCCUUGCGCCGUUUUCUGCGUACGUCCAGUCCGUGAAAAUUACCACUCCAAACCCUUGCUCCAGCUGGCAAUACCCCAGCUCUUUUGACGGCACUUAUUCGUCUGUUCUAUGUACGAAUCAGACAGUUACCAACACCCUGCCGUGCACCUAUGCUGUCGUUCAAGGAGAUGAUGGUUACAAGAUCGCGAAGACCCUAGGAAUUACUUUUGAGGCCCUCCAGGCUGCGAAUGCCAACGUCAAUUGGGAUGCGUUGCUUCUCCGAAUCCGUCGGCACCGUGGUCUCUUCAACUACCUCUUUGAUCACCUUGACUUCGACUACUUCGACUACUUCGACGACUUCGACGACUUCGACAGUGGCGACUUCAGGCGUCUUGUCUUCAUCAAGCACCACACCAAUCAACUCGAGCUCAAUCUCCCCAACAUCAGCUGUGACGGUCACGUCAAGCUUAAGUACUCUCCCCCUCUCAAGCAUCAGUCUCAACAGCAUCGAGUCAGGGUCAGAGGUAGCUUCGAGCUGUGCCAUCUCUAG